AUGGCUGCCACUUCUUAUCCUGUUGGCUGGGAGGACUUGUACCAGAUCGCUGUGGACUUGGGCUUUUACCACUUGGUGCUGGUAAUUGUAGAGUUUGGAAAUGUGGAUAAAGGUCAGUUGAUUACUCUCGUGGUGGAUUCAUGCGAUUUACCCUUUGUGAUGUGGAAGUGGCGCGACAGUGCUGAAGUCAUCACAGGUGAUUUGGGUGACAUUUCAGUCAUCGCUGAAGCGUGGAAGAAAGCUGAUGGGGCCCAGUCUGAGUCCCUCCCGAAAGCCUUAAAAGCGGCCUAUUACCUUCAAAGCAAGGUGGUCCUGCUCGAAUGUGUCACACCGGCAGGAUUUGCAUUGUCUGAGAAGCGCCUUCAGGAGAAAGGCUUGUUUGGGCUGUUGGUUCAGUCACAGGAUUAUAAGGAAAUUCCUCUCACGCAGUUGAUGCUCUGUGGUCAUUGGCCUGCGCUUAAAGCUGAAAUGAUUUCCAUUGCGGCUGUCUUGGACAGCAUCAUUUGCAGUCAUUCGGAGGCGGUGAUAGUCUCUCCUGACAUUGAGGCUCCAGAAACACCUUGGUAUGACCAGCCCAUUGCAGAUCCCAAAUGUGAUCUGUGUUUGCAGGUGCCUGUUUCCACAGUGACUUUGAUUGAUGUUGAUGGCAGUUCCUUUCCUUUUGGAUUUCAGGCCGGGUCCACCAUUUCUGAUGUUUUGCAAGCACAUGCCAGAUUAACGGGUCCUUUGACCGUUCAACUUGUCUCUGAUGAUCGGGGGCAUUUUCUUCCCUUCAACCAGGUGAUUGAGCCAGGACAAGCCAUUCUUGUCUUCUUGUCCAAAUCAGGUGAAGGUGAACAUUUCUCGAAUCAUGUGUCUGAAUCAGAAAAUGAUAGGGAUGCUGCUCUUCCUGCCGUUGAUGAUGUUGAUAUGGGUCCUGGCCGCCCUGAUGGCAUUGUCAGUUCCGUUCCUGUACUUCCCAAUGCUGCUGCUCCAGGGGAAUCCGGGCUACUCCCUAAAUUGCCCGAUGAGACUUUGCAAGCAGAUCUGCCAUCUGAUGUGAAAAGUGGUGCCUUACCCACCUGUGAGAUUUCGCCUACUGCAGUUUGGACACAGCAGUGCCACUUAGAAAGGGAUUGUGAGUUCAAUGUCUCAGAACAAGGCAUUUUGCCAUCGCUGUGGGGCUCUGUACAGGCGCUCCUUGGGCUGUCCCAGCAGCAGUUUUUGCGAUUGUCUGUACCGUGCAUUGGGGAUUCAGCAAAGUUGCUGUCACUACGCAGCCAAGUUGUCACCAUCAAUGAACGCAUUCAAUUGUUAGAUGUGCAACAAGGUUUGUGGGCUGAUGAUGAAAUUGCCUUUCACUUGAAGCAACUUGUUGAGCAGUUUGGCUGUCUUCCCAAGGUUGUCGACACUGGCAAAGCCAAAGUGUGUGUCAUUGACCCACUUUUGAUGGGUGCCUGGAUCUGUGGAUGUGGUUACCCCAUUGAAGAUUGGGCACAAUGCCAUAUGGAUGUUCUUCAGUCCAGUAUCCAAGUGAUUGGUGUUGGUCGUCUGGUCUUGGAGCAUAUUGGAAAAGCCUUAGGUUUUGCUUCAGUAUUGAUCAACCGUCAGCAAAGACUUGUUCCGGUUUCCACCAAAUGUGGGGCUAUGGCCAUCCAUUUCCUUCAUGGAGUGUUACAUGGAACCAUGCUGCCCAUUGUGGCCAGUGAAGUUGAUGUGGUCCAUACCAUGCUUCGUGAGCGUUUUCAUCAAGCUUUGACACAACGUGGUGUUGCCCAUCGACCAUGGAUAUGGGGUAGUGGGGAUGCUGAUGAUGAUCUUGAAGGGGAACGUGGGCCACUCCCUAGAUUGCCCACCAGUGUUGAGCAGCCUGAACCGGUGAGGUCUACUAUUGAGUCCUUUACCAGGGAAAUUCGAACUGUGCCGGAGUCCGUAGUGCUUUUCUCUCCUGUUGAGUCUGCUGUAUCAGAGGCUGCUCCUUCCACGUGUUUAGGAACCCAGUCUUUGCCGGCCGCUGUGCCCAGUGCAUCCGAUGAGUUGAGCCUGCUUCAGCUCCUGGCUGCUGAUUGCCAAAUGUUGAAAGACCUUGAGACUCCGAUCAUUGAAGAUUUGCCUCGGUUGGGGUGGCUUCGUUCACAGCUGAUUUCCGUUUCUGAUCGAUUGGCCAUUCUUUCUCGGCAGUAUGGUAUCUGGGCUGAUGAUGAAAUUCGUUUUCACUUGCAUGAGCUUGCAGCAGUGUGUGCAGCAAUUGGAAUGACAGAUGGAGAUUUUAACAGGCCUCUGGUGAUUGACCCCUUGCGCUUCUCCUCAUGGUUUGAUGGCCGGUCCUUGCAAAGUUCCCGAUGGGCUCAGUCUCAGUGUGAUGUGUGGGUCAACCAAACCAAGGUUAUUGGAGUCUUCAAGUGGGAUAAGCAUUGGUUUCCUGUACUGUUUCUCCCAGCUGGGGAUCAUGUGACUAUUGUCCUUAGUCAUAGACAUUUGCAAAUACCUGCCAAGCUUGUGAACAUGUUGGUUGACAUUGCUUCGGGCCUUGGAUUUGAGGGUAUUCGAUUCCAUCAUGAAAUGCCAAAUUUCAUUUGCCACUCAGCGUGUGGAGCAAGUGCCAUAGAUUUUCUUCGUCACAAAUUGCUGGGACUCUCUGUUGCGGUCAAGUACUCGCAAGUUUGGAGUCUGCAUGUUCAGUUUCGUGACUUCUUUCGACAAGCUCUGCUUCAUGAGACACUGGUGAGUAGACCUUGGGUUUGGGCCUCUGGUGUUAGUGAUUCAGAGGCUACAGAACGUGAAUGGGGCUCUGAGGAUGGUGGGGCCACUGGAUCUGGUGUCCCGCAGUCAACAACUCCAGUGCCUGUUGCGCUGCCGACCAUGCCAUCAUCAUCUCAUGUUUGUAUUGACACUGAUGAUCGCAUUGCUCUGUUUGUGGAACAUGGCAAGGAUAUGGGGGAUGAUGAAAUCAGAUUUCAUCUUGCCACUCUGCUGAAACAACGUGGAGAUCGUAUUCUGGUUGGUCAUGAAGUUUUACCCAUUGUUCCGGGCUUUGAGGGGAUCAAUUUUCUGAACUGGGAUGCCACCGGACACAUUGUGACGGAAAAGUGGUGUCAGAACUUUCCGCAAGUCAAGGAAAAGGGGCAUCAGAUUGUCGCAGUCGUGCUUGAAGGUCAUCACUGGAUUCCGCUAUGGUUUGUGCCUGGAGGGAUGGUGUUGGUGAUUCACACUUUUGAUGACAUUGUUGAUUACGAUAUCUUUGAUGGUAAGCUGCGUUGGAUGGGGCUUCACCUUGGCUUUGAAGAGGUUGUUAUUCAUCGGGUUCCCCAUGGACUUCCUUCCCACACUUUGUGUGGUGCCCAUGCUCUUGCUUUCUUGGCGCAUAUUUUGUUGCAAGCUGAUUUGCCAGAAGACAUUGAAGAGCUUGAUGCCAUGCGAGUCAACAUGCGUGCUUCAUUUGUCCAAGCUAUGUAUGAGCGCACCACCUGCAUUUGUCCAAUAGUCUGGGGAUCUGGGGGCUCUGGCGCCCUUGUGAAAUCAUUGUCGGCUGAGUUGUGUCUCCAUGGAGUUCCAGAGAACCUUUCUGAACAGCGUGCCUCUCAGGCUAUCAAGGCUAUUGGAAGUGAGCAGUUGCAGCAUGCACUCCAGCAAAAGCAGGUUUGGCGCCACUUGAAGGCCUUGGCUAGCAAUGUAAGUUUCAAACUGGUAUUGCCCGCAGAACUUGAUGCAACCAUUGCCUCCAACAAAGGCAAGACCAUUGGCAAGAAAUCAGGGAAAGUUUCCAAGGCUCCUGGGUUUCCGCUGCCAGUUGAAUUGGAUCCCAGCCGUCUGGUUGUCCUUGAGGGCACAUUUCGAUGUCAACAAAAGGUUUUGCCACAAUUGUCUUUGCAGCAGAUUGGACCCAUCAGUUCAGGCUUUGUGUUGAUGACACCCCAAGAGGCCGAACCCUACUUGAAGGCUGGUGUUUUAGUCUCUCAGGAACCGCUUGCUUUAGUUGUCUUUCACCGGGCCGACUUCAAGCUCCAAUCUAUGCUUGCACAGAGCAGAGUCAUGGUUCCCUGUCGCUGCUUGAUUGACAAUGAACCUGUGUUAGCCGAGGCCACUUUGAUCCAAAUUGGGGCAAAAGUUGUUGAAAAGUUUGCAGGCAACGAUCUCAUUUCUCUGGACUCACCAGAUGUCCGCACCAUUCGUGUUUCUGUGUUCAGGGAUGAAAUUGAUGAUUGGGAUGGCUUGGUUAAAGCUCCAGUUCGGUAUGUUGUUGCUCUCUUUCCUGAACUUAAGCGGUGCAUGAACACAGGGUGCUCCUGUAAUGCUUGGCACAACACUGAAGACCUUCCAAUCAGGGAACCCAUCUUGGAUUUGUGGAGACGGCAAUUUGUGAAGUUUGGAUUCAAACCAGUUGAUGCAACCAAGGCUGACCUGUUUUGUGUUUCUAUUCGCCUGCCAGCAUGUUUGUUGGAAAGAGUUCUGACUCGCAGUGGGAGUGCCGGUGCCUACGUAGAACCUCGCUCGGCUGAUGGACAGCGUGUCCUCCAGGAGUACAUGUUUAUCUGGACAGGUAAGAUGUCACUGCAGGAGCUUUCCCAUUUGAAGCAAACUAACCCUGCAGUUGUUGGGUUGGCUCGUGUCAAUGAUCGUAGGGGACUGCGUGUGACUGCAGCACAAGCACAGGAGGUUCAUAGGGCGGUUCGUCCUGAUUCUCUGUUUCUGCCGUCUGGGGAGCGCACCAAUUACAUUGUGGGUCCGUUCCCUUUUGGACUUGAUCGACAGGCUAUCAACCGAGCUAUGAAGCAUGUUCAAUGGCAAUGCAAACCCCCUCAGCCUGCUGCCCCCCAGCCAGGGAGAGGUGCCAUGUGGUUAGUUCAAGCUGUGGAUGAGCCUCCUAGCUCUAUUGUGCACACCAGUCAUGGGGAAAUACUCAUUUCCAAACAGAAGCCGAGUGAAACCACUGAUCGGACUGACAUUCCGCAGCCCAUUGCUUCGGCAUCUACGUUGGCCCUUUGUGGUGGUGGCCCCAAGGAAGAAGACCCUUGGUCCAAAGGUGAUCCUUGGGGGAAGUUCCAACCGGUGACAGUUCCUCGGGCUGCUCCCACUGCUGCUGAGAGUGUUCACCAAAUUGAGUCGCGUAUCCAAGCUUCGAUCAUGGCCAAGCUCCCGCAACCGAUGGAGCAGGAUGACUUGCCUGACCGUUUAGGGCUACUGGAAGAGCAAUUUCAGCAGAUGGUGCAAAAGCAGGUGCUUCUGGAUGGCCAAGUCCAAGAGCUCUCCACCCAGCAGGCUCAGAGCACUGCUUCGUUGCAGUCACAGAUUUCUGUCCAGUCGCAUCAGCUCCAAGGGCAAAUUGAGGAAUUAAGCUCCUUUAAUGCCGGGUUGAAAUUUGCCAAUGCACCGUUUGCUCCUAUGCUUGGUGGGUAUCCUGUGCCGGUUUCCAAAGAUAAUACUGGUGCGUGGAAGGGGGUUGGUGUUCUGUCCAAGACACCUGUUCGGCAUAUUCCCCAGGAUUGGCCGAAAGAAGUUGCCCAUUCUUCCAGAAUCAUGGUCAUGACAACUUUUGCGGAUAAGGUUUGGCUGACUGGUGCUGUUGUUUAUGGGGAACCAGAUAGCAAGCACUAUCCCAUGCGCCUGCAACAUACUGAAGCGUUGCUUCAAGCUGCCAUUUCGUCGGUUGGAUAUCUUGCCUCUGGACCGCGUUUCAUAGCAGGGGAGUGGAACGUUUGUCAGAGCGAGCUUCCUGCUUUUGAUGUGCUUUCCCAACUUGGAUUCAAGGAUCUGCAGGAUAUUGCUGAGGAGAGAUGGGGAAUUCGUCCCAAGGCUACCUGUAAGUUUCGGACAAGAAAGGAUUUCUGCUAUGUGUCGCCUGAACUUCAGGCUUUGCUAUUGCAUGUUUCUGUGAUAGAAGACCUUUGGCCAGAUCACGCCGUGGUCCAAGGACACUUUCAUAGACUCACACAGUCUGUUCCUCGGGACGUUUGGCCCAGCCCCAAACCUUUCCCUUGGCCGGUGGAGUGGGAUAUACCUGUUGGUGUUUGGAACAGCUUGACUGGUGACGUGGAUGCCAAAUAUGCUCAACUCUGGGCUCUCCUUGAAGACUCUGCAAGUGCCAAAUUGCCAUUUCCAGUUAGCAAGCAGGUCCGAGGUCGUGCCCAGACGGUCUCCACUAAGGCGGUUAAGUUUGGACAAUUUGCCCCAGUGCGGAUUGGUCGCGCUGGUGAAUUUCAGCCUCACUUCCAUGGAUCCUCUCUGAGGUACUCCCAAUGGGUUAGACAAGUUCGUAGACUCCAGGCGUUCUGUCGUUGCAUUGGUGAUGCGAAUCCUCCUAGUGAACAUUCUGUGCUUGUCUGGGGUUCUAUUGUGCGUGCCCCUGGGUUUGCAGGGGGCUUUUCCAGCUGGUGGGCCUCAUGCCCAAACAAAGUGCAUGGAGCUCCAUGUCAGUUGCCAUGGGUGCCUCCACCACAUGCAUUGGCCAUCAAAAUUUUUGAGUCCUUGGUGAUUAAUGUUCGUGACCUUGAAAAACAGUUGAAAUCGUCUUCUAGACAGUAUGCACGCAUGCGUAGAGCUCAAAUGCCCAACAUGAUUUUUCGUGAUUUGAAAAGUUUGCCUGCAAAUGGGGUUGAUUACCUCCUACAACCCAUGAAGGCCACCGUUGUGGAAGUGCGAGCAGAUGAGGUUGCAAUUGUUGUUGACCCCCCGCAUAACUGGGUCUCCAAUCAGCCGGUGUUGAGUCAAGGUCGUGCCCUUAACAUCAUCCAUGCUGAACAUGACUGUCUCUGGCUUGAAUCCGUUGCUGAUGUUGCUGUUGGGGAUCCUGUCUCUCAGCUUCAGUGCACUGGGUCCAAACAAGAAUUGGAAAGAGCUUUCCUUGAUGCUUGGAAGGCUAGAUGGGAUCGGCACAAAGAUGUUCCUUAUGAGCGUUGGCAUACUAUCUUAGACUUUGCUAAGCGCCGACUGCGCACUGUACCUAUGAGCUGGCCAGCCUUGGAUGCGGUGAAGUUUUCUCAAUUGGUGGGGCAAAAACGCCGAAAAUCUGCAGGUGGAUUGGAUGGGGUGACUGUUGCUGACCUGCAACAUAUGCCCAGCAAUGCUCAGGCUGCUUUCUGUGACAUGUUUCAAGAAGCUGAAGUGACAGGGGACUGGCCUGGACAACUUCUUCAGGGCAAAGUUGUUUGCUUGGCCAAGACUGAGCAUCCUAGUUCUGUUUGGAGUCAGCUUCUUUGGGCAGUUGAGUCUGCUGUCUCGCAUGGUGUGGCUUUGACGGGGGUCGUGGUGUUUGAAGCAGCUGCUUUGCUUGGCCUCCCGUUUCCCAUGCUCACAGCCUGGGCAGGUGCACUAGUGAAAGUUGGGCGUCGUUUUCAGAUUGGUUCGAACCUGACCAGGGAUAUUUUCAGCUCCACUGGAAUGCCGGAAGGAGAUGGGCUCUCGUGCUUAGGCAUGCUGAUCGUUGACAUCCUUUUCCAUGAAUGGCAUGUUUGUUUCUUUCCCUUGUGUCAGCCGGUGUCUUAUGUAGAUGAUUGGACCAUCAUUACUACAUCUCCUGACAUGCUCGAUGGCAUUCGACAGUGCCUUCGUCGUUUUACUGAUGCCCUUGACAUGCUGUUGGAUGACCAUAAGACCUUUGCUUGGUCUGUUUGUGGACACGGACGAAAGGUGCUUGCUGCUCAUGGGUUCAAAGUUCAGAACUGUUGCAGGGUGCUGGGAGCGCAUGUCCAAAUUUCCCGUAAGCAUACAAAUGGGACCCAGAUCAAACGUCUGGAUGCUAUGCAAGCCAUGUGGUCUCGGUUGAAGCUUUCAGCCUCUCCAUAUGAACUCAAAGUCCGUGCAAUCCGAACUGCAGCAUGGCCCAGGGGGCUGCAUGCCAUUGCAGCCACCACUAUAGCCUCCCAACAUUUUAGUAGCCUUCGUGCCGCUGCGAUGAAAGGGCUCAAUGCUUCUGGAUCAGGUUGCAAUGCAAUGGUUCAUUUAAGCCUCAUUGAACAGCCCACUACAGAUCCUCAGUUUUGGGCCGUUGUUCAGACUCUCCGCUUAGUCAGGGAUUGUGGUAUUGCUGAAGUCGUCGGUAGUGCAUUGUGCGCCCUUGUCCAUGAUGUUGAUGGUGUUAUGCGCAAUGGAAUUACUGCCACAUUGCUCACAAGGUUGCAGAUUCUUGGUUGGCAUAUCCCCAGCCCUUUGAGUGUGGUUGAUGACUUUGGUUGCUUUUCUAUCUUUGAGCUCUGCAUGGAAGAGCUGAAAUGGCGAAUGGAAUGGUCUUGGCUCAAAGUGGUAGCUGCCAGUGUUGAACAUAGACCUGGUCUGUCGGAACUUGCUCGCGUUGAUCCAGGCAAGACACGUCGGUGGCUGAUGUCUCUUUCGGUGUCUGAUAGGGCAGCCUAUCGGAAAUUAUUGAAUGGGGCCCACAUCACUCAGGAUGCCAAGCAUUAUUGCCAGGAGAGUGAGUCUGAUGUCUGCAUGUAUUGCCCGUGUGUUGACUCUCGUUUUCAUAGAUUCUGGCAAUGCCCCUCCUUCCAGACCAGUAGGGAAGGAGUUGAUGCUGAGCUGUUUGCUGCUCUUCCGGAGCUCCCUGAAUGCGUUACAUGUUAUGGUUGGGCUCUUCGCCCUACCACAUGUGUUGAGUGGUAUGGUUUCCUGCAUAACAUUGCCAGUCCUGACCUUCCAGGUGCCCCAGCUGUUGCUGGUGAAAUGUUGCAUGUGUUCACUGAUGGAAGCUGUUGUAACCCUGCCUACCCAGAAGCACGGUUUGCCUCUUAUGCGGUGGUCAUUGCUGAUCCUGCUAUGCUCCAGCCGGCUAGAGUGCUUGACUGUGGACCGCUUCCAGGGCUUCGACAGACGUCUGUCAGGGCUGAACUGUUUGCUGUGCAUCGGGUAGUUCGUAUUGCUGCCACGUAUGGUUUGAGGGUUAUGAUCUGGUCUGACUGUCUUUCAGUGGUUCGACGUUUGCGUAGGAUCAUGGGAGGGGCAAGAGUCAAGAUCAAUUCUCCCAAUGCAGAUCUGUGGCUUCACAUUCAGAAUGACUUACAGGAGGGUAGUUGUGAGAUCCACUGCACCAAAGUGACAGCUCACAGAAACCUGGCUGAAGCCAACACCUUGUUGGAGGAAUGGUGUUUUCAACAUAAUCAUUUUGCUGAUCGUGCUGCUGCACAUGCUCAAGAUCUGCGCCCUGCGGAGUUUUGGGAUUUGCUUGCGAGACAUACAGCUGCAUGUGUGCGUGUUGAUGCAUGGAAUGCCCAAAUUCAGAAAGUUCUCUUGGCUGUAAGUAAACAGGUCUUGGAAGGGGUGAACAAUCAUGAAGCUGAACCUGAGAGUGUUCCCAUGACCUCUGUCCCGAUUCAGACUUGGCAGCCUUUGCCAGAUUUGCCUGUUUUACCUCAAGGAGCUGUGCGAUGGUAUGGCUCAAGCAUUGUGCAGAAGCUGGUUUCAUGGUUCUGGCCUGUGGUGCAGCAUACGCAGCUCCCAUGUCUCUGGGUGUCGUAUGCUCAGUUAUUUGUUGAUUUUGCGCUGUCGACUGGGGAAGUUGGGCCGAUUAACAUUGGAGGUUGGAAAGAUGGAGCCGAUAUGCCUUUGCAUGGUCUCUUGAGUAUUGGAUUUAAAUGUCGAGCCAGAUCCUUUGCCAAGGUCUUGCGUGAAAUAUUGCGGCACUCAGGAGUCAAAGUUGUUUCUGAUUAUGUAAGACCGCACAGCGAGAUGAUUGCAAUGCAUGCCAGUUGCCUAGCAGUACCAUGGCCGUCUGACCGUUUGACUGCAGUGGAUCGCUGGUUUCUGUCGUAUACUGCUACACCAUAUCGACGUCAGUCCAAAGAGUUAGACCACCUACCAGUUCCUAGCCGAGACCUUUUGUUUCCUAGGACCGCAUAG